CACCUUUUUCUUCUUUUAUUCCUUCGCUUUGCAACACAUUCUCUAAUGAAAGAAACUUUCUCCCCCUUUCAAAGCUUAAUUCGAAAUCCACUCUCUUUUUUUUUUUUAAAAAAAAAAAUCUUAUCUCUCCAUCUCAUGCAGCUUUUAUUUGAUUCAAAUCACAUGAACCGCCUCAGCCUCCAUCGUCUUCUCCCGGAGAAAUGCACCACCUCGGCCUCUGGCCAGAUCCAGGUUCGGGUCGGCUCCAUCGAUGGCGAGAUCGAUCCGGGGAUGCGUGUCUAACGAGAGGAGCGGGAUUCCCUGCUCCUGCGUGCGUCUCGAGCUCGGGAUGCCGACGAUGUGGGAGCUCGCCUGCCCGGUCGACGGAGAAGGCGGCGGUGGAGCCGGGUUUAAUGGAUUCGACCGCCUUCUCCGCCGCGAGCUUCUUCUUGGGGCCUUUGGGGUUUGGGCCGAAAUGGGCCGUUUUUAUCUCUAUUUUUUUAAUGUUUUAUUAGAUAAUAAUUAACAAAAUGAAAAUUUGAAAUAACAAAAUGCAUCGUAUGAUUCACAAAAUUGAAAAUCUAGAUGAACGUUUAGCAAUUUGAAAUUGAAAUUUGAAUUAACAGAGAGAAAUGGGAAUUUCGAAGGCUAUAAUAUCAAGAUCGCAACGGCUAAUCCACACACAUUGCUCUCUCUCGCUCUUCUUACAUACGCAUUGCGAUCUCUCUCUCGCUCUCUCUUCUUCCACGCACAUUGCGAUCUCUCUCUCGCUCGCUCUUCUUCCUUCCUGAAUUCUCUGCUCUUGUACUGUUCUUGAUCUUCUGUUUUCGUGUUUGAUUUCGGAGAAGAAUGACAAAGCUGUCGAAGAUUUUCGGUAUCCGACGCAGAAUUCCUGUCUUGACGGCGCGGAAGAGACGGAGCUCUUCGUCUCCUUCUCUUUCUUCUAGGGUUCCCAUCCAACCACAAAACCCAGAGCCCGUCAGCUCCAACGGCCUCAAGAUCCGAUCAGCGUCGUACGAUUCUCUCAGCACACUAACCGGUUGCAUCGACACCAUGAACGAAGAUGUCCGACAGCUCUUCCUGUCUUCCGACAGGGAUCUUCGGAAGAACCCAGAUCUGCUUGACCUGGCCAACGAUUUCUUCAACACAAAUGCUGAAUUAUAUGUUCUCUGUGAAUCUCUGAAGAAAUCUCUGGGGAAAGCUGAUCUUGGAGAAACCCUAAUUCUCCACAUUCUCUCUGGUUUCGUGGAGGAAAAGAGAGAAGAAGGGAAUUUCAGCAAAACUCUCCAGAAUCUUAGGAGUUUCAAAGAUUUCACCAGCGACGACCCUUUCGCCGGAGAAUUCACCAAGCUGUUUAAGAGCUGUCACGCCGAUCUCGUCAAGGUGAUCGGAAAACUGAAUCUGACGACCAAAAAGCUCAACAGGAAACUCCGGAGAAUACGCCGGCGCCGGAGAGUUACGAUAACGCUGUUCCUCGCGGCGGUUGCCACCGUGGUUAUCUCCGCUGUCCUGGUCGGUGUAGCGGUGGCUCCGCCGGUGCUGGCAGCGUUGGGAGCCGCCGUCUCGUUCGUGCCGAUGGGUUCUCUGGGUGUUUUCAUUUCCACCGUAUGGCUGAAAUCGCGAAACGCUCUGAAACGCCAAAAGGCAGCGAUUACUUCGAUGGAGCGAGGGACGUGUCUUGCGUUGAGCGAAGUCGCGAAAAUCAGCGGUUUGGUGAAUCAAUUCGAGGACGUGAUGAAAUCAAUGGAGGAGACGGUGGACAGCGCGGCGGCGGAGAAGAAAUCGCGGUUGGAAUGGGCGAUGGGCAAGGUGGAGAAGGACUUGCUGACGUACAGAAACGUCAUCAGCGUUUUGCGGCACGAAGGGGGGCGGUGCGACCAGGACGCGCGUUUGAGCAGAGACGUUGCUCGGGACAAGAUAACCCAAUACCUCUGUGAAUGAUUUUUUUUUUUGUAUUAGAUGCACAAAUCCUAUACUUGUAGAUAUAUUUUUCCUUUUGUUUUUGGUGUGUGGAGUUCUCUUUUUUACUUAGACUCCCACCACACCGUGCUCUUCCUUACUA